GUGAAGAAGGCUUCGCCGCUGUCGGCAUGCACAGCGGCAAACUGUGUGAGUCCCGCUCAUCUGGUCGAUAGCACCAGUACGAAGUUUAGGGUGCACGCCGAUGGCCUAUCAUCGACAACAUCCAAAGACAUAACGUACGUGUCCACUUCUGAAAUCACCGAGACGCUGCCACCGAGCUUGAGUGCCACGGAGUUGCCAGCGUCGGUGACUAUUCUCGGCGCUUGGUUGGCGAGCGCAUCUUGCGAUGGGAUCGCUCUCUCGCUCAACUCUACUUGGGCGUCCGAGUUUGCGUGCACGCUCGACCCUGUUGGCGUUGGUUACACUGCCGUGAGCGUGAUUUCGCGCGGCCAGACGAUGAGCGUUUCGUAUUUGAUCAAAGAGACGCCACUAUUGCUGAGCGUUUCCCCUCCUGGCGCGUCAACUAUGCCUGGUGAGCUAUUCACGUUGACCGUGCAGCACUUUAUCGCUGAUGAUGCCGAUCAAUUCCACUGUUUAUUUGACGCCACGAGCGCGGUUGCGCCACACAUAAUCUCCUCUAGUUUGAUCCGGUGCGAGUCAGUCGCGACGACAAAAGUGUCGACGCGCUUGACCAUCGAGGGUGGCGAUGGCGCUUACCCACUGUCUCGACAAGCUGCUCCGGUGGUCUCGAGCAUCGCGCCAUCGUCGAGCGGUGAUAUUGGAGGGACGUUGGUUACGCUCACAGGCACGAACAUUCCUCUCAUAGACAACUCUGCCGUGUGUUCGUUUGGUUCAAUUGGUCCCAUCGCUGCGCAGUACGUCAGUUCACUGGUUGUGACGUGCGUGUCCCCGGCUGGUGUUUCAUCGGCGAGUUCGAGUGUAUGCGCGAGUGUUUAUAGCGCAUUGUCGCCAUCGAAAAGCUGUGCGUCAAGCCCCAUGACUUACGUUGCGCCAGUAGAUCCGCCAGUUAUUUUGGAUCACGGCGUUUCUAGCAAGCAAGGCGGUUACUUCUUCUUGUGGAGAAGCUCGGCGUCCUACUUGCUAGUUCCUACUUUGUCCUUCGUCGAAUUCGGUCGAGGAAACGCGACAAUGUCGAGCACCAUAGUCAGCGUGUAUAUCGCGCCGCAACUACCUGGAGGCUUCACUACAGUCUCAGCCAUAGACGAAGUUGGAGGUGUUUCUUUCGAUCAAGUCAUGGUGCAACCGGUGCCGACGAUAACUGGUUUGAACCCACGAGUCACACCCGCUGCAGGAGGCAGCCAAGUGUGGAUUUCAGGCACAGAUUUAAAGAGUGAAGUUCUUAAACUCAGCGUUGAUGAUGCGAACGUCGACUACAACAUUGUCUCGUCUGCUUUGAUCGUCAUUCAAACGCCGAACCACGCUUCUGGAGGCUCAAUUAUAAAAGCUCAACUUGGCAGUCGGACAGAUUCCAGUGGCGUCGGCAUCGGCCCUUUCACCUCGACUGGUCUUGAUUAUAUCGAUGGUAUAGAUCUGACGAGCAUUAGCUCGAGCUUAGGACCCACUACGGGUACUAUGAGCGUUUCUCUGGUUGGUGAAGGGUUCUCCGAUACCUCUGAGCUCGGAUGCAGAUUUGGCACCUUGGGCCCCGUUACAGCGAGCUACGUGCACGGUCGUGAGAUUCGAUGCGCUGUUCCUAAUCAUAUUGCUGGACAAGUGCCAGUUGAGGUGUCUGCAAAUCGACGCGAUUUUACGUUCAACUCGACUAUACCUUCAAAUGGAGCGGUGUGGGGUACUUCAACCUAUUAUUACUGGAGUGCCUCCCCGGGUGGUACACCGACAACAUACAGAGGCGUCACGUACACUUAUGCAAAGUCCCCAUAUAACGUCGAUGCAGUCAUACCAGCGCACGGACCAAUGCAUAUCACGACUGAAUACACAAUAUUCGGCGCGGGAUUGGACUCUGCCGUUACAGACUUGUGCAGCUCGUUAAACGUCACCGCAAGACAAGUCUCAUCGACCGACGGUUCCAUCACGUGUUCCUGGGGUGCAAGCGCAGUGGCGGGUUUCGUACAGGUUGGAGUCUAUGCAAUCGUAUCCACAUACACGCAAUAUGAUUCGACACAAACGCAGUUUGAGUACUAUGAUCCUCUAUCGGUGACUAGUGUGGAUCCACUGGUUGGACCCGUGGAUGGUGGCACGGUUCUAUUCAUGUCUGGCGCAAAUUUCCGCAAAGGCGACGUGAGCCGAGUCAUGUUUGGAAGUACCGCCGUCGUUUCGCACGUCGUUUCUUCUGCUCUCGGCAUUAUCGAAACGCCCACAUUCGCGACGAAAGGAACAAAAGCGCUUUACGCGUCGACGCAUGAGCAUUCGCCAUCGACUGCCUUCACUGCGCUCGAUCAGCUGUUACUUUCAUCCGUCUCGCCCACGUUUUCCCCUAUCGAAGGGGGGUCGACAUUGAUCGUCAGUGGUGAUAAACUUUCAGCGCCGUCCACUAUUUGGUGCCGUGCCGGCACAAUUGGUCCUUUUUAUGCACGUGCAUACGAUUCCAAAGUACUCAAGUGUAUCUCUCCGGCUCACAGCAAAGAGAGCGUGCAUCUUCAAAUUUCCAUGAACAAGCGAGACUGGCGUUAUGAGCUCACGCUCAGUCUUGCGAACCCCGCGUUACCAUCUGGUACGUCGGUGGAUUCUAUUUUGACGCUUGAUUACGUUUUCCCAGCGAAAAUCAAGGAUGUCCUUCCUCGCGCUGGUCACGUGACGGAUCAAGUUGCGACCGUUGAGGCCUUUUACGAAGCGCCGUAUCCAGCUCAAAACGUCUCCUCACGAGGUUGCCUCACGGGAGGUACUACAUUAACGAGUACUUACUCUGUGACGACGAAUAUCUACUCCAUUCUAUGCACGUUGGAACGAGAUUCGUUCAUCGAAGGAAUGUAUCCCAUCAUAAUCACAGGACCUGAUGCCGCCAAUACGUCGUUCUCUGGUAGUUUCCAUUAUGUCACGUCGCCGACAAUCGACGCGUGGGGGCCAGAGGUGAUUCACACCGGCGGCGGCACAUUAGUCUCUGUCAUGCUGGUCGAUGCGAUUUCGGACGGAUUAGUGUGCAUGUUCUCGCCUUGGUAUCAGAACGAGUUCACCGCGACGUUCGCCAUCGAUGCACACUUUGUGAGUUCAUCGUUGAUUAUUUGCGAGUCACCGUACGCAGAUCCCCUGAUUGAAAUUGGCCUGACGGCUGGCUUAUUGGGUACGACACCGGAAGAUGGGCAAGCCGAGCUUAACUCGAUCAUGCGACCAGCUAUUACGAGUUUACAAGCGGAUAGCUUAUUCCUCGAUGGCGGUAGCGCCAUGAACAUUUUCGGAACUGAUUUGGGUAUGCAAGUGUAUGAUCUGUAUGCGUCACUUGGUACGAUUUCGCCUCUCGCUUUGCGCUGGGUGACCGCUGCACAAGUCGAAGCAAUCAGCCCCGCGACUGUCAGUGGAAAUAAAAUGCUGUUUUUGUCGCACGCCUUAUCGGCGAGAAGUGAUCCAUACGAGGCAGAGUUGACGUUCUUCAAGCCAUUCGAACCGAGUCCGCUCAUCCCGAGUGUCGUACCGGCGAAGGACAACGUAUUCGUUCGUUUGCACGCGCACAUCGGUAGCCUGCCUUCGUCAGUACCGACGUGCAAUCCAGCUGCGCCGCAGUACACGCUCUGUCAAGAAGCCAAUAACAUAGGCGGAAUCCUCACGCAAAUUCACUCGGUCAACUUUGCGAUACUUCAACUCCCAGGAGGAGCAAAUCUGACUGUGAAUGUCCCGCAGCUCGCUUACGUGGAUGGCGCAUCAUCCGCCACUGUUCAGCCAAACAUUGCGGUGACGGGAGGUGGCACUGUCGCGGUCGUGUCAGGAGUGAACUUCGUCGAGGGCAUGACGUCGAUUCGUCUCGGCGAUGUGGCACAGACGAACCCAUACAUUUCACAGAGCUUUUUGUCUUCGGCGUUGAUUCGCUUCGAGGCCCCAGCGGGCGCCUCUGAUGCGACUGCCAGCAUCUACACAUCCACAGGUUUCGUCGAUUCCGAUUCGUGGGGCUCGGCAGGAGCCGUUAUGAAGUACCGCAGUUUGCCAAGCAUGACGAAUGCCGCCGCUUUGGAAACUCUGGAAUCAGGAGGCAGGCUCGUCAAGUUAACUGGAAGUGGGUUCGUGUCGAACCGCGAUUUAUUUUGCAAGUUUGGUGAAAUUCAUGUUCGAGCUACUUAUGUGAGCGCUACGAUUUUGAAUUGCGUCGCUCCUGGUCUUAAACCUCAGACUUAUUCGGUCAGAGUGUCAAACAACAUGCUGGAUUACAGCAAAUUUGUCAACUCUGCAAGUUCUGACAGCGACACCGACGCCACAGUCACUCCUGUACCAGACUUCACUGGUGGUAUCAAUUCCGCCACGAACCUCUUCGGACCCAACUCAGGAGGCACAUUAAUUUCAUUCUCGUUCAGUGCUUCUGUACCCUCUUCGUUAGCGUGCAAGUUUUUUUCGAGAUAUGGAAACGGUUUCAUCAGCGAUUCGAGCACGGCCAAGUGCUUGACACCAUCGAGUGACGCAGGCUUUGUGCCAGUGCAACUGUCGCCCAGUUCCGAAGCUGGGACUUCGUACACUGCAAUUGGGAUUCAGUUCGAGUUCCAAGAAGCACCAGAAAUCGACAUGGUAUACCCGGAGAUGGGCGUCUUCGGGGGUGGGACAGUCAUCAAUGUGCACGGAGACAACUUGAUUCAAUCCGUUUCUGUCGCCUCACAUGGAUCGCCGAUGAUGCCAGGAACGUCGGUGGACGGCUUAUCUUGCCGCUUCGGCGGGAUGUAUACCGUUGGUGCCGUUCAUGUGUCUUCCACGAUCAUGCGAUGUGAGACUCCCACGUUCUCCAUCGGUUUGAUGGACGCGCCCCUUGUGGUUGAUCUCUCCUUGAAUGCGGACGAUUGGACCGGUUCUCAAAUCGUCUUUGAACCGAUUGAAAAUAUGCCGCUCUCUUCGUUGUCACCACUUGCUGGGACUCGCGCUGGUGGUACCACACUCACUGUUGCGAGUAGUUAUUUCCCUCCAGACACUCCAGUUUGGUGUAAAUUCGGCACCACUGGUCCCAUCCACGCGCUGUUCAACGGCGACGGAAGCGUGCGAUGCAAAUCUCCUGCAAAAGCAGAAGGAGACAUUCCAAUCGCGAUUUCGCGCGGUAAUCCGAUCGAUUUCGCAUUCGACUACACAAAAAUAUUCAAAAUGUAG